UCGACGCUAAAUAGUGAAAUGUAAUGUGCAAAAAGAUAAAGAUAUUGUACAAUAAUUGUUUCAAGAUAAAACCUGAGUAAUCACCUAAUCUACUCAUUACUCAUUUUAACGUGUGCAGUGACAGUGAUUGGACGCAGACAUGGUGAUCGUCCGUACGGCGCAGGGGUUCGUGAAAGGCAGACUUCACAGAGGUGAUGUCACAUACUUCGCGUUUAAAGGCAUUCCGUACGCGCGCCCGCCGCUCGGAGAAUUAAGAUUCAAGGCGCCGGAGCCGCCGGAAUCGUGGUCCGGCAUCCGCGACGCCGGCGAGCACGGGCCGGUGUGUCCGCAGUACAACGAGCGGCUGGACCGCAUCGACACCGGGAGCGAGGACUGCCUCUACCUGAACGUGUACUCCAAGGCCGUGCAACCGCCCCGCCCGCUGCCCGUCAUGGUGUGGAUCCACGGCGGGUCCUUUUUCACCGGCUCCGGAAACUCGGAUUUUUAUGGCCCGGAGUUUUUCAUGGCGCACGAUAUGGUUCUCGUCACGUUUAACUAUCGGCUGGAGGUGUUCGGCUUUCUGUGUCUGGACACCGAGGACGUGCCGGGCAACGCGGGGCUGAAAGACCAGGUGGCGGCGCUGAGGUGGGUCAAGAGUAAUAUAGCCGCCUUCGGGGGGGAUCCCGACAACAUCACCGUGUUCGGUUGCAGCGCCGGCUCCGCGGCCACUUCCUACCAUUUACUGUCGAGGAUGAGUCGAGGGCUCUUCCACAGAGCCAUCUGCCAGAGCGGCGUGUGCUUGCACGAGUGGGCGUACAACUUGCACGCCCGAGAGAGGGCGUUCCAACUCGGGAAGUUGCUGGGCAAAGAUACUGAGGAUCCGACGGAGCUGGUGGGAUUUUUGAGACGGAUGCCCUCCGAUUUGCUGGUGAACGUCGCUCUACCGCGGUUGAAGCACGACCGCGUCGACUUGGCCGAUUCCAUCUCCUUCGGGCCCGUUAUAGAGAAAGAAUAUUCAAACAUUGAGAAGUUUAUAUCGGAGGCGCCGUAUGAUAUAGUAAGACGAGGAGACGUGGCGAAGGUACCGAUCCUUCUCGGAUACACGUCCGGCGAAGGUAUCGAAGUGGGCAGGAAUAUCGCUUAUAUCGCCCCGCACUACUCUACCGUGGGUUCUAUUGUGCCGAGAGAGUUAAAACUGAAAUUAAGCCAAGAGGAGUUGGAAACGUUAGAUAAGAAAAUACGUAAACAUUAUUUCGGUACCAAAGACAUCGACAAAAGCAUGCUACGGGAAGCGUGCGAAUUCGAGACAUACAGAUUCUUCGGAUAUAAUAUUUUGAGGUUCGCUCGCUACCACCUUAAACACACAGCGAAGCCGGUGUACGUUUACAAAUUCUGCGCAGAAACAGAGAGGAAUUUUUAUAAGAAAAAGUACAAAAUAGACUUUAAGGGAGUCUGCCACGCAGACGACCUGGCUUACUUCUUCAAUGUCACAAAUAUGGAUAUUCCCCUGACGGAAGACUCUAAACCAAUAAUCAAACAAGUUGUGGAAAUGUGGUAUAAUUUUGCGUCAGUAAGUAAUCCAACACCAACAAAUAGCUCUAUACAGUGGAAACCGUUCACAGAAAAAGAAAGAAGUUGCUUAGUUAUAGACACGCCAAUGAUGCUUGUGACAGAUGUCGACAGACGACACAUACGGUUUUGGGAGAAGAUCUACAAUGAAGAAGACAUUUCUGAAAUUAUAAAUAACCAAAAAAGUUAUGAUGUUAAAUACAAAUUAAAUUAAGUAGAAUUUUAUUU